UGUUCCUCCACGCACACAUGACACACUACCACCUAUCUCUUCUCUCUCUCUUUCACACACACACUCUCAUCAGAUGACAGUACCACACUCCCAGUUAGACAGGGCAAGACACCAUGGAAACAAAGCUGGCUUGAAUUCCUCUUGUGCAGCGUAGGAUAGAGCAGUCUAAAGUCUAAACUAGAAAGCAAAGAGGUAGAGAGAGAUUGUGUGGGAUUGGUGAGACGAUAUUCAUAAAUGAGACUUAUACAGUAGAGUAGAUGGGUGCAGUUACCGUGGCGGCGUAGCAGAAGCUCUAAUUCCGUGCCAUAAUUGCUUCUAAGGGAAUUCGGUUUCACCAACUCCAAAUCCUCUCUUCUUUACUCAUUUGAUAAUUCCUGUGUUUUCUUUAAUUUACGUCUUUUUCUUUUUUUGGUGAGAAACAGUUUCCCCCAAAAGCUGCAAAAACUCAACCAGCCCAGAGAAGAUCAUAUUUCAGACGCCCCACCACACAACACAUCACACCCACAUACUAAGACUGAAUAAGACAAAAAAAAAAAAGAGAAAGAAAAGAGAACGAUCGGGUCAAAAAUUACUAGUAGUAAGCACUGUAGCCCCGAUCUUGGGUAAAACAUUUUAAGAUUGGGCGAAGGUUCUGCUAUGGAUAUUGUGUCUGAAUUGGAGAAAAUCGUUUCAGCUUUGGGGUGCAACAAAUGGCCGGGUUCUUCUCUCUAGGUGGAACUAGAAGGGGAGGUCCACAAAACAAGGAAGAGGGAGAGGUGGAAAAAGGAGAUAACAAUAUCCACAACAACAACAGGAAUAACCUAUUGUUGUUCAGGAACGAGGAGAUCUACAACAAGGGGUUCGAGAUAUGGCCAGAGUCGUAUCAGCCCCAAGCUGCACCCCAAAACUUGAGCAACUACUUUGCGUUUGGAGUGGGUCCUAGUCGCAGGAACUGCUCGAGCGUGAACGAGGAGGAGGUUUCGCUCUGUGUGUCUGAUGAGUCAACGAGAUUUGGAUUAACUGUCAUGAGGUCCGGAGGUGCAGGAAGCAGCGGCAUGAACUGUCAGGACUGUGGUAACCAAGCCAAGAAAGAUUGUACACAUCUCAGAUGCAGGACCUGCUGUAAGACCCGAGGGUUUCAGUGCCAAACCCACGUUAAGAGCACUUGGGUUCCAGCAGCCAAACGCCGCGAACGACAACAACAACUCGCUUCCUUGCAGAGCCCACAACAAUUUCGCCCAGAGAAUAUUCCCAAACGAUAUCAUAGAGACACUCAGCUCGUCUCCGCUCCACAACCCAUCGCAGGGUUAGAGCUGGGGCAUUUCCCACCUGAAGUGAGCACUUCGGCGGUGUUUCGGUGUGUGAGAGUCAGCGCAGUGGACGCUUCAGAUGAACAGUGCGCGUACCAAACCUCUGUCAACAUCGGAGGGCAUGUUUUCAAGGGAAUUCUCUACGAUCAAGGUCCUGAAAGUUCUUACACCAGUGCAGUUACUGAGGGUUCCUCCGGUGGUGAACCCCGACAUCUUGGUUUAAUAACCGCCGCAGCCACAGCCACAGCCACAGCCACAACAGUCGGUGGAAACAACCCAUUUGAGCCUUCACUUUACCCCGCUUCGCUGAAUGCUUUCAUGUCUGGUACACAAUUCUUCCAUCCCCCAAGGUCCUAAAGACGUCUCUUUCUCUAUCUAUGCGGACAGUAAUUGAAGAAACCGAGUCUUUCUUUCUCUCUUAUUUUUUGUCAUUAAUUGAGUCUGCUUGGAAUUAUUGAUUAUGGUUGCUCCUCGGUACAUCCAUGGAACUUGAUGCAAGCUGAAGUAGCUAGCAAGCUAGAAGGAAAAGUAGUUAAUAAUUCUUAAAAGAAUGAUUAUGCCAAUGAUUCUAGUGCAUGAAAUUAAAUGGGCCGGGGAUAGUUGUUUUGUGUCAUCCGAAUGUCAAUUCAGAUUUUCAUUGGUAUUUUAAUUUUAUUGGUAAACUCAUUGUCACUUUUCAAUUCUAGAGCACAUACAUUUUCAUUUUACCGUGACUGUGGGGCUGUGGUGUGUUUGCUUGACACGGACAGCAUUUGGAUAUGUGUGCAUCAUUGUGUUAAGUAGUGUUUUGCUGAAUGUUCUAAUUUC